CAGAGAAGGAACGUAACAAAAGGUGGCGGAGGGUGACGCCGCUGCCGCCGCGAUCGGAGGCGAGUGUUUGCCCGGGCGAGCCGGGUGUCGGAUGUGCUCCGCGCUCUCGUCCGCGUUCUCUCGCGUUCCCCGCGUACGUGCCUGGCUGCUCGUACGCCCUCGCAACGUGUCGCGCGACGUACAAAGAGGGAGAGGAGCGCAGCAGUGUUCGUGUCGUGUCGUGUCGCGUUCGCCAAGAGGUUCGAGAAGGUAAAACGGUCGGCCGCGAGACGCGAGUGCGCGAAUUCCUCCGCUGAUUCGCACCGCAGUGGCGACGACGAGACGACAACGAUGACGAUGAUGACGAUGACGAUAACGAUAACCGAUCGACGGCGCGAGUGAACGACUCUCUCUCGCGAAGGGCAGGCGCUCCACGACAAACGUCUCACACGCCCAGCGGGACUGCUGCGUCACAUGGGUCGCGCUCAUUCGUCGAUACAGCCGGGUGACGUCACGAGCCGCGCGACUAUUGGCCCACACCGCCCGGACACGUGAAUCGUGGCCGAGCAAGCAUGGCAGUUUGAUGCGCAGUGGUUUUCAGCACUUGUAAAAUGCCACCGCCACGCGCCAGAUCGAUCAGGUUAUAACCCGCGUUUCGCCGCGCGCUCCGAAACGGUCGGCACGUCGCGCGGUCGCGCCUCGCGAUCGGCGGGCAUUCCUCACGCGCGUCGGCCUCUGUGUCGCUCCUCGUCGUCGGCCGCAUCCUCGUGGCGGAAUCCUUACGACGGAUCGGGGGCAGCUAGCCCGAUUAUAACACAGGCUCACAUACACAGCGCGCGCGCGCGCGCGCGCACGCUGACAGGAUCGCCGAUCACGUUUUCAACGGCGGAGUGACUUUUGGCGGCGGGGGACUGAGAAACCGAGCAAGCGACACGAUUGCCUGCUCAACGCGCUUCGUAGUGUCGUGUAUACCUCGCCAGCGUGUCUGUGCACUGGGACGUCACGCAACUCGGAUCGCAACGUGUUUCAACCUGCUUGUCACCCGCGUCGAGCAGCACAGCGGCAGCGUAGGAGGGGCGAGGGCAGGGGGGUCGGGCGUCGGGCUUGCGACUCGUUCCUGUCGAUUCAUCGCCGGCGUCCGGACCCGACGGCGGCUGCGGCCGCGGCUGCGACGCCGGCGGUUCGAUGCGACGGAAUCAGGACGAUCAUUUGGCGGCUGUUUGUGAAUACAGAGACUCAACGGAACAGCAACAACAACAACAACAACAACAACAAACACAGCACCAGCACAGCCGCCAUCGUCAUCAUCAUCAGCAGCAGCGCGUACCCCACCCCUCUACGCCCGUCGGGAUAGAACAGCAAACCGGCCGCAGGAUGAGCCUGGAAACGUUACUGCAAGCGGCCUACUAUGUCGAACAGGAAGAAAAGAAGCGGGAGCGCCUGGCGAGCACCUCGUCCUCCUCCUCCUCCUGCGAUCAGCACUCGUUUGCGCCUGCGCCGACCCACUCCAAUCACACUUAUGCCUCUAGCGAGCCACGUGGUGCCAAAUGUAAAAGAGAACGCACAGAGUCAGACGAUCUCUUUUGUGAAGAGAAGAUGUUGAUCAUCGAUGAAGAAGAACCGUUGGAGAAUAGCAGAAUGGGUCUUUCGAUAGCUUCUCGAGGUACUUCUGUGGUCUCCAGCACGCGAGUUACGCCGUCGUCAACGGGGUCGAACUCCGUUCAGCUGACUGCACUUCAUUCCUCCAUGCCGCAUCAUCAGCAUUCUCAUCAAACUCAUCAACAGCAGCAACAACAACAGCAAGCGCAAUCGCAGCAACAUCACCAACAGCAGCAUCAUCAUCACAGCGAUCAUCAUAACACACAUAAUCAUUAUAUGGAGAAUCACAAUCCGAAUCAAUCCCAGCAAAGUAUAGGCAAUCUCGUUGUCGACGUCGAAACGAGCCACGACAAUAAGAAACAGCGAACUGGAACAUGCGUACUUCGGUCUGGUACUAGGGAAGUACACAAUAAGCUGGAGAAAAAUCGAAGAGCGCAUCUAAAAGAGUGUUUUGAACUAUUAAAGAAGCAGCUGCCAUCGCAAGAUGAGAAAAAGUCUUCGAAUCUCUCUAUUCUCCAUGCAGCGAACAAGUAUAUACAGGCAUUGCGAAAAAAAGAACGAGAUUACGAACAUGAGAUGGAGAGACUUGCAAGAGAAAAAAUCGCAGCACAGCAGAGAUUGGUGGCUUUGAAAAAAGAGCUCAAUGCAACUUGGGAUCACAUCGACAUCAAUUCUCUCUUAUUGGAGCAAAAUCCUGGGACGGAUGCAGCAAAAAAUGAAAGUACGGAGGUCGACGUUACUGGACUCCCACGAGGUGGCACGAGGUACAGCAGCACGAGUAGUCUAAACAGCGUAACGACGGCCAGUUCCCCGCAAACGUUACAGUCCACUAGCACAACCUCCAAUAUUCAUAAUCAAGCGGCGAACGCAGCCACGGCUGUCGUUUGUCAAACGCAAGAUGUGACUCUUGCUGCACGAAGCUCCAGAGAGAGUCCACCCGCGAGUUCGACUGCUGGAACGGUACCCGCGCCCAGUAUUUCUACUUCAACGCAAGAAAAGGUCACCACAUCACCCACCACCAACAUAGUGCAGCAGCCGCAUCAGUUGCACUUGCCGAUCGGCGCCCAGGUGUUAAACAGUCAGGGUCUUGCGACCAUCGUGCCAGCUUUGCAGCACAUCGGACCAGGACUUAGGGUAAUACCGGGUGAUACACGGCAGCUUUUGGUUACCCAUACUACUGGCAACAAUGAGUCCAGACCUCUGACAUUAGCGGUACAGAACUCUUCGGAUCAAUCCAGGCCGCUCUCAUCGCCUCUCAUCGCCGUGCAAUCGAACACCGGAAACGAGCCGAGGCCAGUGGCCCUGGUCGUUCACUCAUCCACCGCCAAUGAUAGACUGACAUUUGUGCACUCUAAUCUCUCCAACAAUGAUAGGCCGUUGGCCUUAGCCGUGCAGUCUUCUGCGAAUGAAGUUAGACCUGUCACUUUUGUGCACUCGGGAAACGAAGGUCGAUCGUUGGUCCUCGCCACGCAUUCGCCCGCACUGAAUGUGUCGAACGCCCAGACAAGAAUAAGAACAGGAGAUGCGCAGAACACGCAUAAGAUGGUCGGUGGCGUAACGCUUGUCGGUGGUAAUGGCUCAGAAUUAGCAAGACUUCCCGGUGGCGCAGAACUGAACAUACUUCCAGCAAAUGGAUUGACUUUAAGUCAUGGAGUGUCACUUCAAACCGCUGCAGGCAAGCCAGCCUCGACAAUGAUGCAGAACUCUCCGUCCACGGAGAGUAUAGCUCAUAUCGUUGGUCAGCACGCGCCUCUCUCCGGUCUGACACCGAUUGUCACGCCGAUGACUGUUGUGUCUCAAGGUAACCAGGUAACCGCUCAUAUCCUGGCGCCAUCGAGUCUUGCGGGAAAGAUGAUUACCACUCCAAUUCUCAAGUCUGUGGGGCAAAUGCCGCUUGUAAACGCUCAGUAUCUUAACACCACGACUUUAGUGAAACCUGUUGUCGUGGUGAGCUCACCGUCAACGUCAGCGGCGUCCCCGACGACGGCAGCGACAGCUUCCAAUACACAACCUUCUUCGACCUCAAACUCGACCGUCUGACAGAAUCAAGGGAAGGCAAAAUUAAUGUGAUCGCGCUGGAAUAUCAAAAUACAAUUUGCUGAUAUAUCGAGUAAAUCUUUAUAUUUGUCCAAAGUAAAUCUGUCUUUUGUUUUCUAUCAGAAUCGCUUAGAUAUGUUAAUGAUGAAUAGUGAGCGAUUUCAGUUUGAAUCGUCUUAUGACAAGCAGUAAAUACAACGGGAGAAUUUUAUGUGAGAAAAAUUUUCGCCUAUUGUACCAUUUCUAACAUAAAGUAGUCUUGCAUUCUGAAACUUCGUUUGUGUCCCAUAAGAACACAAACUGACAUUUCUAAGAUAUGAGCUCUUCCGCAGAGUGAAUCGACUGAGAAAGUAUGAGAAAAAGUCCUUGCUCAACACAUGCGAUAUAUAUUGUACACAGUACCUUGAUUUUAUUAAGGAAGAUAGUUUGUCGUGUAAAUUAAAGUUUAAUAACAAUUAAUUUAUAACAAUUGCUUGAGAAUGAGAAAGCUUUCGUGUUAGUGUGUUGACGAAUUGAUGCUUUUAAAACUUUUAAGGCUUAUGGGCUCGUGUGCUAUUCGGAUCAUUGUUUUGUCGUAUUCUCAAUUGGGAAUUUCGUUAGUGCUCACCUCUUGAAAAGUGACUUUUUUUAAAGCUGUUUUAUGUUACUCUGUGAAUUCUAAAUAUUUUUCUAUAAACAAAAUGAAAGGGUUUGACUUGCAAUAGAACAAAUUUUUGCAUAACUUUUAAAUUGUUUGACUAUGUUUUGUGAGACCUGUAAGUUGACAAGUUUCAUCAUAUCUUAUUUCAAUUGAAAAGGGGUAUCACAGAAAGUGAUAAUGAUGGUACACUUAGAAUGAUAUUAAAUUAAAAGCUUUGUAGCUUUUUAAAACAACAUAGAAUGUAUUUAAUUGUUUUGCGAGCGGAGGUCGGAAAAUCGAAAAUUAUGAUGAAUUCUUUGUCUCAAAUAAAAUUUAUAAAACGGCUGUGCGGAACGGAUAUUGAACUCUAUAAAAGAGUCUGUCUGUCUCAUUUCGACAAUUCAAUCGCAAGAUGCAUUAAAUCUUGUUAAAUUGAUAAAAGCGGAUGUUAUUUAGAAACAGUGGCAAGAGAUGAUAUAGUUUGUAAUGCUACAUAUUAAGUAUUUAUUCCUCUGUAUUUAUUAUAUGUUUAUAUGCGUAUUAUACAAAUUGCUAUCGCGCUUCUUACAAAUCGCAUGAUCGCAACGUGCUACAAACAUAUUAAUUUCUUCAUGCCCAGAUUUCGUUACAUGGAAGAAUUCAGAAACGUAUAUAUAUUUCAAGUCACCGUCAUCAUUGUGAUCUAUUUCAUGAAUACGUGUAUUGUUCCAUGCACAACGUUCCAUGCUUUUACAAAAACAUUAAUUUCUAUAAUGCAAGCUUUUUGCAUAAUAACCGAAAAUGGCUCGAGUAGAAUAGAAGGGAACGAUAAUGCUCACAAUUGUCUUUGAAAAGUUCGAACAAUUGCACACAUUUAUCUAGAUAUCUAUCUAGAUAUCUAUUUUUCAUUUUUUUUCAUUAUAUACGAAAAUCGUUCGAUAAAUAAAUAUAAAUCAAAAUUGUAUUAAAAAUUUUGAUGAAACUUUUAUUUCCAACUAAUUGGGAAAAUAUACUAUAAAAUCUACUUAACUGCCUCAGUUUUAUAUGAAAUUCAUUGGAGAGUUGAAAGUUGCGAGUAAAGAAAUUAUGUAAUGAAUGAUAAGCUGUUCAUUCUGGAAAUCCAUUUUUCGCAUUUCAAUUUUGACAUUGUUUUGAUCUGUACUUUAUUUGUCAAACGAUCCUUUGUACAUUCGUUCGCUUCUGUUGUAAAUUCGUAUUGUAUGCUUCUGUUUAGUAUGUUAGUAAUGAGAUUGUCAACAGUAAUCACCACAACAGUAAUCACCACAACAGUGAAUAAUGAUAACUCGUUUUAAAUACAGGUUUAUCACAUGAGAUCACCUUGUGACAUUUCACCAUUGACAAUUCUCAUUAACGAGGCAUUUAUAUCAAAAUGCUUUUUUGAAAUGACUCGAUGCGUAACGCGUAAUAUAACCAAUAUUUCCUGCUUUUCCGCACGUGCAAUUGUUAACGGUCUCUCUCCCUUUCGGAUACCAGCUCUCGGUUUGUAUGUAUUAUUAGUGCUGCUAAUCCUUAUGUAUUUGUAUAACACACAAACACUUGUUUUGUAUUCUUUAAAUUAUUUAAUCGCGAAUGGUAUGAUUAGCGAUUCGAGUUAAGGAUGUAAAUGCGUGCCUUAACAGGCUAACAAAAUCACACAAAUGUAUCUGGGUUAACGACCUUUAUCAUUUUAAGGCAGACAGGUACUUUGCUAACUUGAUAGAAACUCGAUAUAAGAAAAGUUAAAUUCUUUAAUACUGUAGAUUACACAUUUUAUGUUAAUCAAUCUGUAUAGACUUCCUUCUUUUUUUUCAAAUCUUAGGUCAUUACACUUUAAAUACACGAAUCUCUCGAGUUUUCGUUUAAUCUCGAUGCCGCUGGCGCCUCAAUUAAAAGAGAAGAGUUUAAUUAGUUGAAUUGAUGUGUUUAAUAUAAAUUAAAUCAUCACGCAUCUUUCAGUGUUCGGAACACAACGGGAAAAUUCAAUUUGCAACAAAGACGAUUAAACAUCGAACGAAAACUUGAGCUCCGAGUUGGGCCCACUGCAUCAGUCACUGAACAAUCGCCAAUAAACUGUUUAAAAAAUAUAUUAAGACAACUUCAAAGUAUAUUGUAAAUUGAUUGUUUUAUUUAGAUCUCGGAUUUUCAUAUAGAUUUGAUGGAAUUUUUUACUUAAAAAUGUAAUUAUAUAUUGAUUUCUUUUUAUUUGUUCAUUGACUGAUUCAAUUUCUUAUUUGUUCGUUAACUAGUGCGAUAACUUGCUACUAGUAAGAAAAAAAGUUCUGUUGAAUUAUUUUCGACGCAGCUUUUAUUUAACGAAAUCUCGAGUCGUGUGAUGGAUGCAAAUGAUUGUACCGCAUGCUCUGACACAUACACAAACACUUACACAACAAUAUGCAAGAAACAAAGCUGUGAGCGGGACUGGAGCAGAGAAAAGUAAAAAAAAAAGAAAAUGAUUGAGUGGGAAGUAUCGCGAUAUUUUGCGAUACUUUGCAGUCAGCCAUUUAUUAGCCGCGACUGAAACCUCUGUCGGUUAACUAUUUAAGCGAUGUAAUAGCCUCAUGUAAAUAAUGAGUUUUGUUAGUUGAAAUAAGCAAACACGGAUCGAGGCGGAAGGUUCGCGCGAUGGAAGAAAACUAAAGAUAGUAUAGCACUGAGCACUCUAAAUGAAUAAUGUCAACAUUGUGAUAUAAAUGAUAAAUAAAAGAUUAAUUAGCACAGUAGAGUUUAAGGAGAAAAAAAAUCAACUAUUAAAUCGUUUACGGUGUAGAUAGACGCUGGUAAUUAUCAUUUACUAAUAUCCUAAAAAAAAGAGAGAAUGUCAAAAAAUUGAAUUGUACAUAGGAAAUACGAGAAAGAGAAGAAGAGCAAGAGGAGAGAAUGAGAAGAAAAGAGAGAGAAAGAGAAGGGGUGAUUGUAAGAUAUUGUAUAAAUAUAUUGAUUAUUGAGAAAAAGAGAGAAGGGACAGAGGAAGACGAGGGAAAACGAACGAAUAUAACGUGAUGGACUGUGCCGGAUGUCACGCUCGUCAUGUCGGUGAUAAAAACCGCAUAAUAGAGUCUACUGAACGGCAACGUAGAGAAUAAGUGUGCGUGUGAUUUUGUGUUCACAGAAAAAAAUUACACAAAAAUAUUAGUUCUAUUGUUAAGAAAAGAAUUUAUUUAAUUUACUUUUUUUCUUCUUGUAAGUAAUGAUUAUCUUGAACAAAAAAUAUUUUCUUGAUGCAGUUGCCUUAAAAUAUACUUAUUACAAAUUUAAAAAUUAUUAGCUUUCAUAUAAAAAAGAAUUUAUAAUAUUCUUUUGAACAGUAUUGUAGAAUUGUAUCGAAGAAAAGUUAGAAUAAUAAUCAAAUUGAUUUUUAAUUUAAUAAUCUUAAUUGAAGUAAUAAAUUAGUAGAAUUCAAAAUAUAUUUUGAAUAAAUACAUUUUGAUAUUUUAUGAUGAAUUUAUGAUAGAUUUGUUGAUAUAUGAAUUCAUGAAAUAUUUAAAAUAAAUAAUAUUUAUUGAAUUCAAAUAUAUUUUUUUCUAUGUAUAUACACAGAAGUUUACUUUUAGAUUAUUGUUAAGAAAAUAGUCUUUGCAAAGAUAACUGUUACUUAAAAGAAGAAAACUAAAAUUUGAAUAAUUGCUUUUCUCAACAGGAGAAUAACAUUUUUCUGUGUGUAGUAUAAAAUCAACAAUCAAUUGUUUUGGACAUAAACAAGAAUGUAAAAUCUUUUAAAGAUUUUAUAAUUUUAAAACAUAUAAUUUGCUUGUGUGAAAAAAUAUUGUAUUAUAUUAUAAAAAAAAAUAUAUUCAUCUUUAUUAAAUAAUUUCCAUGAAUUGAAAGAAAUAUCGGAGUAGUGAUAAUAUUUCCAAACCAAGAAUUAGAAUUUUUUUAAGAUAUCAUCAGAACAAUCGCUCUUUAAAUAUCCAUUAUAAUAAUAUGAAAUAAAAAUAGAGUAUUUAAUUAAAAUUUCAGCUGAUGAAACUUUUUAAGGAAGAUUUUAUAUUCUUGCUAGCGGGAGAAAAUUUAAGGAAUAAUUUUAAAUGAUGAAAAUCAAAAUUAAAAUUGCGAUUAAGACUUUGUUUUUAAUUAUAAAUAUUAAAAUAUGCGCAUGUCUAAGACACUUUACGUAUGAUUAUACGGAAUUAUAAAAUAAAGGAUAACUAAAUUUUUGUGGCUUUGUUUUUUUAAUUGUAAUAUUUAAAUAUCCGCUUUUGACAACUUUAUGUGGACAUUUAAACAUUUCUAAUUAGAAAACGAAGCCUUAGACAUAGUUUUAUCUCAAUUCUUAUCUUCUUUUAUUAUCUGGGAUACGUCUUAAAUUUUGUCCACUUGUUGUUGAAAACCUUAUGCGAAAUAAUUAUUGUUGAUUUAAUACUAAUUUUUUUCUGUCUUGAGACUGCAUGUGUAAAAACGGUAUGUAGUAAAAGAAAACGUUAUUAUUGUUGUAGUCUAUAUCGAAUUUUGUUAUAUGACUCUCGACUGGCGUGCGAAACAAUGAUACGUGUUACGACGCGAUUUAAUUGUUGUGCGUAAGAAGAGUAAGGUGGAACAAAAAAAUGAAUGCUAUGUGUACGAAUGAAGGAGAGCGUGAGAGGAUGGCGACGAAUGGCAAGCGUCGCCGAAGAGGUAUUCGUUCUUUUCGUGACACGCGACAUUUUUUUGUUAAAGAAACGCGAGAAGAAAAAGUGGAAUUCAGUACAGUCUAUUACAAUAAAGAUUAAAAUGUGAGUGUGA